AUGGAUCGCCCUGAUCUAAUUUCAACAUUCUCGAAAAUAGCUCUUUGGAAGCAGACCCAGUACGACCAGAUCGUCUAUAUUGACGCAGAUGUGAUAGCCCUCCGAGCGCCUGAUGAGCUUCUUACACUUGAGGUCAAGACAAUAGCUGCUGUGCCAGAUAUUGGAUGGCCUGAUUGCUUCAACACUGGUGUUAUGGUAUUACGGCCCAAUCUCCAGGACUACUAUUCCCUCCUUGCCUUUGCUCAACGCGGUAUAAGUUUCGAUGGUGCAGAUCAGGGUCUCUUGAACAUGCAUUUCAAGAAUUGGGAUAGACUCAGCUUCACAUACAACUGUACACCUAGCGGACACUAUCAAUACGUACCCGCAUAUCGGUAUUUCGAAAGCACUAUCUCACUAGUCCAUUUUAUCGGCCCUAUAAAGCCGUGGGGGACUGGGAGAAGCACAUCGUCACACGAUUCACCAUAUAGCCAGCUAUUGGCGAAGUGGUGGUCUGUGUAUGACCGUCAUUACAGGAGAGGCCCUAUCUACGUCACUCCGCACCGCGAUCACCAGACUCAAACCGCCUCAAAAGAAAUUAGCCAUAGCAUAAGAUAUGUGCAAACUUCAAUACCUGAAAAGAAGGGUUUGGAAACGACGAUACAUCCACCCUCAGAGCCCGAAGAGAAAUCAUAUUCGGAUCACAAGUUUCCAGCUGCCCUUGGAACGGAUACUUCUGCGUUGAGCAAAGAGAAACAUGUAGAAACCGAGGUACACACACAGGCCACGGAAACAAGUCAGCAUGAGCCUGUCGGAGGGACUUACGAAGCGGUGGCACCUAGCAAGGAGGGCCCGGAUUCGCGUAUCAUGCCUCAAGAGGAACCCUCUACUAGACCUGGUGUUGUUAGCAUUGAACCCGUGCCCGCUGACACCCCAGGCCUAGAAGAAGACUCUCAGCCAAGCUAUCAUGCGCCUCCCAAGCCGAUGAUUAGCGCUGUGCCUCACUAUGUUCGUGGAGAAGAACAUAUCUCGGUCCCCAUUUAUCAUGGAGAGCCACCAAAUAUACCAACUUAUAUACCCACUGUAGAUGUUAACACCCAACAACCUCACCUACCUCAUUCGCCGGUAGACCGAGGAACAAUCGAGUCACAAGAAUCCGGGAUACCAUUACUAACAAAGGAAACAGGAGAAGAUAAAUCUGCCGAUGAAAGCGCAACGAAAGAUGAGUCUGUGGCCCUGCAAACUGCGAAAAUACAACCCCCUGAACGCACUUCCUCUCCACCUUUAGCAGUCUGGGAUGCACCACGUGCACCGCCACCGGUGGAUUCAAAGCCAGAAGCAGCUUCAUUUCCCGUACAAAUCUACACAAUGUCAAAGGAUACGGAACUUUUCCAGCCUCCCAAAUCAUACCCUGAGGCACCAAAAGACAUGUACUAUCAAGUUCCAACAACAGCCCCUGCAGUUCGAAGGCAAACAUCUGCCUUCCCGUGGGAACGGAGUGCUCCGGCCCCAACACGGGUUUUUAUAGGGGAAGAUGCCGAACCCAGCCAAGCUCCUGAGGUUUUAAUCUCUUCCGCUCGGCAAGGCAUUUCCUCAAGUUCCUCUGGCGGGUUUGAAUCGUAUUCCCGAAACAACGCCUGGGACGACAUGCCAGAAAUCGAAAAGUACAUGCGCUCGCUUCAAAAGCCACGCCGUGCGGGCGUAUCAGUCAUUACAGGAUCUACACAUGCGAGAAAAUCAUCGACUGGAUUGAAAUCUCCAGCCAGGAAAUCGAACCUGCGUCAAACGCAUUAUCCACCAGAACAUGACGUGCCGAGCCCGGCCGUUACACCAGCUCUAGUCAUGAGAAAGCCAAGCACCUCUUCGGCAGCGGACGAUCACUGGGAAAAUGAAGAACUCCCUGCUGCUGAAGGUGUCCCUAACCAGGCGGAAUGGAACCCCAUACAACGACUAAAGGAACUUCAGCGACGUCAGUCGCAAUUCCUUGAAAGACACCUUGACCUUAAACCACAGGAGGCUGGUGGCAAUGGUGCCGUCAGAUGCCAGCGGAAUAUGAAAUGA